GAGAGCAGGUGGUGCAAUACAGGUGUGAAACCAGCACAUGUGGACCCUGCUGAUGCAUGUGGCUCAGAAUGGACGUGAGCCCGAAUAUUCAGAGUACCAGAUCUGAUUCAUUUUAUUCUGGGAGUUCCUUUGUGCAGAAGAAUCGAAGGACAACAUUGGAGCGUGUGGAAAAAUUCAUUUCUGAAAUUUAUUUUACUAACUGUAAUCUAAGAGGAAAAUUAUUUGGUGCUACUUGUCCACUCGAUUCUAUAUCCUAUUUUCUGAUAGAGAAACGAAUUUCAUAUGAAGAAGCAGUAAAGAAAGAGUUCCAGCCUGCAGAGAUUGGACAUAGCUUUGGCCCUACAUGGUGGACCUGUUGGUUCAAGGUGCAUGCAAGCAUUCCUAAAGAAUGGGUAGGACAUGAAGUCCACUUAAGAUGGGUGUGCGAUGGCGAAGGAAUGGUAUGGAAGGAUGGAGAGCCAGUCCAGGGGUUAACUAAUGAAGGACAGAAGAAUAGCUAUAUUUUAGCUACUGAAUUUAAAUCACAGGAUCCACAAAGCAUGACAAUCUACAUUGAAGUGGCUUGCAACGGACUGUUUGGUUCUGGCCAGGGUAGUAUGAUAGCUCCUACUGACCUUCACAAAAAAUUUUGUCUGAAAACUGCUGAGCUUGUUAUUUUUCACAGAGAUGUACAAGAGCUGCUUUUAGACUUUCAAAUAAUAUAUGAUAUGGCCAAGUAUCUUGGAGAAGAUAACCAAAGAGGAUUCCAGGCUCUUUAUGUAGCCAAUCAAAUGGUUAACUUGUGUGAUGUAACUGAUCCAUGUACAUAUGCCAAAGUCCACAAAAUAUCUUCAGCGUUUUUUGGGCAGAGGAAUGGUGUAAGCCAACACAUCAUUCAUGCCAUGGGGCACUGCCAUAUUGAUUCAGCCUGGCUCUGGCCUUAUGAAGAAACUAUUAGAAAGUGUGCUCGCAGCUGGAUUUCUGCUGUGCAACUUAUGGCCAAAUAUCCUGACUUUAAAUUUACAUGCUCCCAGGCCCAGCAGCUGGAAUGGGUUAAAAAUUGGUAUCCUAGGUUAUACAAGCAGAUUAAGCAAUAUGUCAAGCUGGGUCAGUUUAUACCUGUUGGUGGAACCUGGGUCGAAAUGGAUGGCAACCUUCCCAGUGGAGAAUCGAUGGUGCGACAAUUUCUUCAGGGUCAGCAGUUCUUUCUGAAGGAAUUCGGCAAAAUGUGCUCAGAGUUUUGGUUGCCAGACACAUUUGGGUAUUCCGCGCAGCUGCCCCAGUUGAUGAAUGGUUGUGGAAUCCAUCGUUUCCUGACUCAGAAGCUUAGCUGGAGCCUAAUCAAUGCUUUUCCUCAUCACACCUUUUACUGGGAGGGCAUUGAUGGCUCCAAAGUCUUGACUCAUUUUCCUCCAGGUGACUCAUAUGGAAUGAUGGGAACAGUAGAGGAGGUGCUUAAAACGGUAAAGAACAACAGAGAUAAGGGGCGUGUCAACGAUAGUAUUUUCUUGUUUGGAUUUGGAGAUGGAGGAGGUGGUCCAACAGAAAACAUGGUGGGGAGUCUUAAGAGGAUGAAUGAUACUGAUGGUUUGCCCAGAGUCCACUUGUCUACACCAGACAGAUUCUUUUCUACAGUGGAGGCUGAUACAUCUCAGCUGUGCACCUGGGUAGGAGAGCUCUUUCUAGAGCUACACAAUGGAACCUAUACUACACAAGCACAGAUUAAGAAAAGCAACAGGCAGUGCGAGCAACUUUUACAUGAUGUGGAAGCCUUGAGUGCCUUUGCAUUGGCUGAAGAUAGCACGUUUAUUUACCCAACUGCACAGCUGCAACAUCUGUGGAGGUUACUACUGUUAAACCAAUUUCACGAUGUGCUACCAGGCAGCUGCAUCCAGCUGGUAGUAGAAGAUGCACAUAGGUAUUACAAAGAGAUUAGUACGGAAGGAUUAAAACUUCUUAAAGAAUCUAUUCAUGCACUCCUGAAAACAUCAUCUGUGGCAAAGCCUUCAGCAGAUCAUGCACUAACAGUUAUAAACACUUUGCCUUGGGAACGCACAGAAGUGAUUUCUAUCUCAGGAGCAUCAGGAGAGCUGACUUUAGGUCUUGUGAAAGUACCAAGCAUGGGGUAUGUGGUACUGCCUGAAAAUCUGACUCCAGUUACUCCUGUCACAGUCAUUAUGCAUGAGGAUAACUCUGUAACAAUGGAAAAUGGGAUCCUUCGUGCCAACAUUGAUUCUGCAGGGCGAUUGACAUCACUGAAUUUACUGAUCUCUAACAGGGAGUCUGUUGCAGACGGCUGUUUUGGAAACCAGUUUGUGUUGUUUGAUGAUAUCCCCUUGUAUUGGGAUGCCUGGGAUGUGAUGGACUAUCACCUGGAGACAAGGAAGCUUUUAACAAGUGUCAGCAAACUACAGAUUAGCCAAAAUGGAGGACUCCGAGGAGCUGUAGCAUUUACUUUGCAAAUCAGUGAAAAUAGCACAAUUGAGCAAGAAAUCAUUCUUGAUGCUUCAUGCCCUUAUAUCAGAUUUAACACAAAGGUUAAUUGGUAUGAGGCUCAUAAAUUCCUGAAGGUUGAAUUCCCAGCCAGAGCUCGCAGUUCAAAUGCAACUUACGAGAUUCAGUUUGGACACCUUCAAAGACCAACACAUCGCAAUACUUCUUGGGACUGGGCUAGAUAUGAGGUUUGGGCUCACAAAUGGAUGGAUCUGUCUGAACAUGGCUUUGGUGUGGCAGUACUGAAUGACUGUAAAUAUGGUUGCUCUGUGCUUGGAAAUAUUUUGAGCCUCUCACUACUAAGAGCUCCAAAGUCUCCAGAUUCAACUGCAGAUAUUGGGAUUCAUGAGUUUUCUUAUGCAUUUAUGCCACAUGUGGGAACAUUUCAGGAAGCUGGGGUCAUUCCAAGUGCAUACAGCUUUUGUGCUCCACUUCUUACAACAGCACUUAAAGAUGUAAAGACAAAGUCAUGGAGUGCCUUUAAUGUGUUGUCACCUGCAGUUGUCCUAGAAACAGUAAAACAGGCAGAGAACCAGAAAGACUGUCUGGUACUGCGGCUGUAUGAAUCAUAUGGUAGCAGUGUGGAGACUUGGUUACAGACACCCCUCCCAGUAAAGGAAGCUUUUCUCUGUGAUCUUCUGGAAAGGCCAUGUAGCAAUCUGGCACUCAGUUUGAAGGAACAAGGCGUGAAGCUUUCCUUUUCUCCUUUUAAAGUGUUGACACUGCUCCUGGUUCUGCGGAGAUAAUUCAUGCAGACAGCACCAAACUGUUAACCAAGGUGAUUUUUCAAAAUCGUUUAAAUGCUGUAUCAGAUUGUUUAACAUAAUUUUCCUAAACAUACGUCAGACAGUCACUGGCUCAAGGAGUUUACACGACAAUAAAAAAUAAAUAAUUUCCCACUGAAUAAAACAGUUCUUGAAUUUUACCAGUAUAUACACCUUAAGAAUAUGAUGAACUUAUAUAUGAUAACUUAACAGACAUCUAAACAGCCCUAAAGCAGUCGGGCCUAAAAGUCAGGCAUCUGUAGUGACAAAAAUCUACAGGGUUGGAAAGAAAAAAGGUUUAUUGUGUUCUGGGUACACGGUUGUGAUUUUUGAAAUCCUGUCAUUGUCCCUUAAUGUCACACAGGAGUGUCGAUGAAAGACUAAUGCCUUUAAAAGGAGAAUGAAAGCUACAGAGGCAUUUUAUUGCCAAUAUAUUGGCCUCAAUAGUGCAAGCUAGAACUCUAUAUUUAUUCUGUAGAAUGCUUUACUAUACCUGAGUAAAAAGUUCUAGAAGCUCUCUGUUUAGGAUAGCAGCUGCAGUAUUAGCUUGGUGUGACAUCACUUCCUGCCUGAGUCUCUCCCUGCUCAGUUAUAGCACUGGGCUCAGAUUACAGCAGAGAAGGGAGGGGGGGAGAGAAGCAAACUGAGCAUGCUCACGCCUGGGGCAAGGAGGUUUAAGCUGAAGGCAGGAAGUCUGAUACAGAGGUCCAUGUGUACACAAUAGAAGGAAAGAAAUGCUGUGUUUCUUUUGACAGAGGACUCAGAGCAGUAUUACUUUGAGGGUUUACUGGUAUAUUUAGGUGGACCUUUCUGAUAAGGCUUACUUAGUUUUAACCUUUCCUUCAACUUUAACAGAACUAUACCCAAUAACCUUUUAAUACCAAUGUGCAUUUGAUUCCUUAUUUUCUGGCAUUUAAACUAUGUGUUUAUUUGUUACCAGUAAAGACCCAAGACUUUUAAGCCAUAUAAGAAUAAUUCAGAAUUAGCAGGUGGACAGUUUACAAAGUAAUGUUAGUUUAGUUUCUGAUUAACAAAAGUGAUUGCAGAAAUUGUACUAGGUCUUAUAUAAUGAGGUGAACAUUUUAUACACUGUGUAUAAAUCCAAUGUUGAUAUGAUUUAGCAUGUGCAAAUAUUGAAGAGACCUGCUCAAGCAACACGUGACAAUGUAAUUCUUCUUAAAUGACUUUCAUAAAUAAAAAUAAAAAAAUAA